UUUUGUUGUGGGGGUGGAGGAUCCGGCGGAGUUGAGGAGGGCGGAUGUUGAUGGGGUUGCGCAAAAAUAUGGCGUGAGCAAAGAAAAUGAGGCUUUCAGAGCAGAGCUCUGUGAUCUCUAUAACCGGUUUGUAAAUUCAGUGAUUCCUCCUGGAGCCGAAAAUCUUAAAGGUGACGAGGUUGAGAUGAUCAUCCAGUUCAAGGCAGCUCUUGGAAUUGAUGAUCUAGAUGCAGCUUCAGUCCAUAUGGAGAUUGGGAGGCGUAUUUUCAGGCUUAGGAUGGAGACUGGAGAUCGGGAAGCCGAUGUAGAGCAGCGCAGUGCAUUUCAAAAGCUUGUCUAUGUUUCAACACUUGUGUUUGGAGAAGCAUCAAGCUUCCUUUUGCCUUGGAAGCGUAUUUUCAAUGUCACUGAUUCUCAGGUUGAUAUUGCUAUACGAGACAAUGCCCAGAGAUUGUAUGGUUUGAAGUUGAACUCAAUUGGGAGAGGUAUUGAAGAGAAGCAACUUAUCGAUCUUAGAGAAGCACAACUUCUGUACAAGCUUUCUGAUGAGAUUGCUGCAGAGAUGUUCAGGGAACACAUAAGGAAAAUAGUUGAAGAAAACAUCUCUAAAGCACUCGACAUCUUGAAGUCACGGACAAAAGCAACCAGGGAGACCAUGCAAGCCAUUGAACAACUUGAGACAGUUUUGCAGUUCAAUGAUUUACUUACACAAUUAAGCAAACAUCCUGAAGCUGGACGAUUUCCCCCGGGGGUUGGCCCUGUUUCUUUGUUAGGUGGAGAAUAUGACAAUGAUAGGAAGAUGGACGAUUUGAAACUUCUUUAUAGGGCAUAUGUGACCGAAUGUUUUCCAAAUGGUCGUCUAGAUGAAACAAAGCUUGUAGCAUUGAACCAUCUGAAAAACAUAUUUGGUCUGGGAAAACGUGAGACGGAGUCUAUAAUGUUAGAUAUUACCUCCAAGGUCUACCGCAGACGGCUUUCACAAGCUUUCUCUGGUGGUGAUCUGGAAGCCGCUCCUAGCAAAGCGGCCUUUCUUCAAAACCUUUGUGAAGAAUUGCAUUUUGAUCCAGAGAAGGCCAGUGAGAUUCAUGAAGAGAUUUAUAGGCAAAAGCUUCAACAAUAUGUUGCUAAAGGUGAGCUGAGUGAAGAGGAUGUUGCUGCUCUCUUGCGUAUACGUGUCCUUUUCUGUAUUUCUCAGCAAACAGUUGAUGCUGCUCAUGCUGACAUUUGUGGCCGUCUGUUUGAGAAGGUAGUGAAGGAUGCAAUUGCAUCAGGAGUUGAAGGGUAUGAUGCUGCUGUUAGGGCCUCUGUAAGAAAGGCUUCUGAAGGUUUACGACUGACAAAGGAAGCUGCAAUGGCCAUUGCUAGCAAGGCGGUCCGGAAGGUAUUUUUGAACUAUAUCCAGCGGUCAAAAUCUGCUGGAAGUCGUACCGAAACUGCCAAAGAGCUGAAGAAAAUGAUAGCAUUUAACACCCUAGUUGUCACUCAGCUGAUAUCUGACAUUAAAGGUGAGUCCACAACGGAACCAGCUGAACCAGUGCAGGAUGUACCUAAACAAAUAGAGGAAGAAGAGGAGUGGGAAUCCCUGCAAACAUUAAGAAAGACUCGACCCAACAAAGAACUAGAAGCUAAGUUAGGAAAACCAGGUCAAACUGAGAUAACUCUCAAGGACGACCUUCCAGAGAGAGACAGAGCUGACCUUUACAGAACUUACUUGCUUUUCUGUCUUCAAGGAGAGGUCACUGUAGUUCCGUUUGGAGCACAAAUUACCACAAAGAAGGAUAGUUCAGAAUAUUUACUUUUGAACCAACUUGGAGGAAUACUUGGUUUGAGUGGAAAAGAGAUAGUAGAUAUCCACAGGAAUUUGGCUGAACAAGCUUUCAUGAAACAGGCUGAGGUAAUCUUAGCAGAUGGUCAGCUAACUAAAGCUAGAAUCGAUCAACUCAAUGACGUACAGAAGCAGGUCGGCUUGCCUCCAGAAUAUGCACAAAAGGUUAUCAAGAACAUAACAACUACGAAAAUGGCAGCUGCAAUUGAGACAGCUGUAAGUCAAGGAAGGAUUGGUAUUCAACAGGUCAGGGAGUUGAAAGAAGCUAAUAUAGAUUUGGACAGCAUGAUUUCAGAACGCUUGCGUGAGAACUUGUUUAAGAAAACAGUAGAGGAGAUUUUCUCAUCAGGUACUGGUGUGUUUGAUGAAGAAGAGGUUUAUGUAAAAAUACCAGCAGAUCUUAAUAUAAAUGCGCAGAAAGCAAGAGCAGUUGUUCAAGAGCUUGCCAAGAGUAGGCUAUCCAACUCGCUGGUUCAAGCUGUAGCACUUCUUCGUCAGAAGAAAUGGGAUGGAGUGAUUUCGUCACUCAAUGACAUGUUAGCCUGCGACACAGCUGUCACUGCUGAGCCCUUGUCUUGGUCUUCACCAGAAGAGCUUGCCGACCUCUUCUUGCUUUACUUGAAGAGUAUUCCUAAGCCAGAAAAGCUGGCACGAUUGCAGUACCUCCUUGGUGUCAGUGAUUCUACUGCAGCUGCACUUCGAGACUCGGCAGAACGAGGAGCUUUGCCCCUCGAGAAUGAAGAGGAAGAGUUCGUAUUUUAAUCUAAGGUUAGUCAGUUUUGGUAGUUACAUUUGUAUGUUCCAAUGAGCAGGUGGUUAAUUAGAUGGACUUACAGUGAGGAAAUUCUGUGGUUCCUUCUUUAUUUAUCAGAACUUCACAUCAUAUUGUUAUAUAACCAUAGUGUUUGAUUCUAUGGUGCAGUAGUGUUAACUUUUUCGGUUUGCCUUGGCCAUGUAUUUUAUGAUAGGCUGUGCAGUAAGAUUUGACCUUAUAUUUCAAAUGUAUUUAUCUGUUUUGCCCGUGAA